AUUUAAUAAAUUGGAAAAAUAGGCUGAUAGUUGAUAGUUGCAACUUCGCAAGUCGCUUAAUAAUCUAUAGUUGACAUCGACGUUGAGAUUGAAUUAAAAAUUUAUAGAUUUGACCUUCGAUUUCAAGGGCUCAAACUAGUUUAAUGUAUUUUGUAGUUUACUUAAAAAUUAAUUCGUUUUACCGUAAUCAUUAACAACACUAUAAUAUUUCAACAACCUUGAAAUUGUAUAAUCCAAUAAUAAUAAAAUAAAGAUUGUGAAUGUUGAUACUUGAUAUACUAUAAUAAUGAAGCACUACCUAGGUAGUUGUAUUUGGUGUUAAUACAAUAAUCAUGUAAAUGAGUGGGAAAAACUGAAGAAUUGUAAUUCUUGAGUAAAAUAAAACAAUAUGGCAUUAGUGGAAGGAUUUGGUGAUGAAGUUAUUCAGUUUUUUGGUAUACUAUUUGUUGUUGUGCUAAUCGUAUUGCUAUGGAUGUCUACACAAGUUGCCGAAAUGCAAAUAUUUCGUGGUGCUGUUUUCAUUUUGGAAAGGCGUACAAGAAGAAGACACCACGAUACUACAAGAACUGUUGCCGUAAUUUCUAAUCCAUCUAAUAGUGAACAAUCGACAACUGAAACAGUUCCAUUAAAUGAUGGGGAUCAAACAAAUUCAACUUUAAGCAAUGACAAUCCUCAAAAUAUAAAUGAUAAUCCUGCUGCUGCCAAUAUUGAUGGAACCAAAACUGAACAGUUCAAUGAAUCUAGUCAAAGCAAUUGUACCAAUGAUAUUGCUAAUGAACCGCAAAUAUAUGAAGACUCUAUAAGGAUACGACUUAAGUAUUUAAAUGACAACUGUCGUUUAGUUCAAGGCAGGUUACAAGAAAACAUUGGUGUUUUCAAAAGGAGACAUUUUACCAAUGAGCUAACAUCAAAUAAAAUUAUUCGUUUGAUAUUUCAAGGUAAAGUAUUACAUGAUGAUGAAGCAUCACUGAGUAGUUGUGGUCUUCAUGAUAACUGUGUUGUACACUGUCUUAUACAUCAGCCACGUCCUACUGCUAAUGCUCAACAAACCCCUGAUACUGUAAACCAUGAUACUAAUGAGCAACCACUACCAAAUACGAUACGUCAUAGUCAGCGUCAACCUGGACCAGUUCAACGUGAAUGGAAUUUGGCAACAUUGUUAUCUGCUUUAAUCACAAUAAUAAUAUCAUUACUAUGGUAUGCCAGAAUCCAGUUUUAUACAUUUUUCUCUUAUACAUCUACGGGUACACUGGGAAUAUUGACUGGAAUUUUUUUGUUCACUGCCUUUCUCACUUAUUUGGUGGACAACGAAGAACAACAACAUCAUCGACCGCAAACUGGACAUUAAAAUGUUAUUAUGCUAUAUUUCAGUAUAUAAAAUCAAAGUAAGCACAAAAGCGGGUCUCAAAAUAUUUAAAAAUGUAUGUAAUAAAUAAGGUAUUUGUAUAAAUACAUGGUGUCUAAUUUAUUUAGAAAAUUUUGUUUUUAUUUGUUCUACUAAGACACUUAAUAUUAAUUUAAUUUCUAAUUUAACUAUUACUCUAUAAAAACUAGUUGAAUUUUUAUAUAUGUUCUAAAUUUUUUUUUUAUGGCUUUUUAGAAAAAUUGACCUCAAAUGCUUUGUUGAUAUGCAUGAAUUAUUAUUAUUUAACUCAAAAAAUAAUAAAAGUAACUUUUAAGAAUUAGUAAUAAAAAAAGUUUUCUGGAUUAAAUAUUUCUUAUUUUUAUUAUUAAUAAAAAUUAAUUAAAAAUUCAUUUUGCAUUGUCGUAUAUCUAAAAUUGAUCAAAAUUACUCAAUUUACAUCUACACAACUAAAAAAUGUCAUAGAUUUUAUAUAUUAAAAUGAAAACUAUAUUAUAAUAUAUAGUAUAAAUAGAUAUAUUACUAUACAAGCUUUAUAUGAGAUUUAGUUGGUAAGUUUAGAAUAUUAAUAAUUGUCUGUUUUUUUAUUUAUAUUUAACUGUUAUUAUAUAUAUUGAAUAUAAUUUGUUAAUCUAAUCAAGCUUAUUCACAAAUGUCCUAAGUAAUAAAAUUAUUUGAUGGUAGACUUACAUUUUGUUUUUUCUAAUAUUAGUUGUAGAACAUUUUUAAACUGUAUUCUAUUUCAAUGAUUUUUAUUUAAGUUUAAUGAUAUUGUGAUUAAUGAAGUAAGCUUAUGAAAGUAUGUUUAAACACUAAAAUGCAUUUAAUAAGUAAUACUAUUAAUAUUAUAGGUAUUAUAUUUGCUGCAAAAGAUUUAAAAAAUAAUAUUGUUAUAUUACAUUUUAGACUUAAGGGUAGAUACUUAUUAAAUACCUACUUCAUAAAUAUGUAAACUUAACAGUUUUCUAAGAAUAGAAAUAAAUAUUCUUCAAAACGAAA